UGGUGGUGCGCCUUUUAGGUAGAAGCAAAGUAAAAAAAAUACUGAACAAAAAAGAAGAAGAAGAAGGAGAGGCGAGAAACAUACAUAGAAAUAGCAAACGAAUGAGCAAAGAACGUAGGAAAAUGUGAAAAAGUGAAUUUCCGACAGUGAACACAGUGUGAUUGAAUUGAGAGAGGCGAAAAAAAAUAAUGCACACAUUUUCAGUAAUAUCACAAUUGCUUGCGGUUCAUUGGAUUGAAAUGUUAAAAAAAAUCUAGGAAAUCCACGACGAGAAAAAGAAUAAUGACAAGGCCGGAGUACUUUGGUAUUUCUCUAUCAACAUCAACAUCAUCACUGUCGUCUCUAUCGUCGUCGUCGUCAUCGUCAUCUUCGUUGUUGUUGUGUUAAAGUAUUUAGUGUGUGAAAAAAAGGAGCUUGUUUGUUUUCAUUUUUUUCGCUUCUGUUUCUUGUAUUGUUUAUUUAUACAUUUUUUGCAAAGACUCGCAACUAGAAGAAUCAAGAGACACAAAAAGUGAGUCACAAGUGUCAAUUGUCAGUAAGUGUGUGUAUAUGUGUAUGUGCGUGUGUGUCUGCGUGCGCGAAAGAGUGUUUGUGCAUUAUAAUCUAUAUUGCAGCUGAAAUUUACACGAAAGUUAAACAACAACAUUACAUCUGCGACUUAUCGAACCUCAGAGCAACAAAAAAAAACAAUUCAACAAAAUCAUUUUGCGAGUGGCUACAUAAUUUUCGGGUGCCUGACAUCGGACUAAACCAAACGAAAAAAAAAACUAAAAUAACAAACACACAUACACAACAAUUGUUUUGUAGCUUACAAAUGUCAUUGUAAUUACUGAAGUCGUGCAGAGAGCGAACGAAAUAAAAAUAUAGAUAUAUAUUACAAACAACAACAACAAAAAACCCAUUUGGUCAAAUGUUUGUAUGGAGAUAGAGAAAUAGCAGAAAAAAAGGUGUGAAUUGUGAUUGAAACGAUCAUAAUGUGAUGCGACACAGUUUUGUAUAAUUUAUUUGUUGAUUGUGAAAAAUGAGAAUUAUUAAAUGAUGAAGAGACGAUGAUUGCAAUGAGGUGACACUAUUGAAAUACACCGUACCAAAUCAUACAUACAUAUAUCGCGAAAAAUCAUUGUCGCUAGUGUACGAUAGAAAAAAAAAUCAUAUACACUCAUUUAAAAAGAGAAAGAACAGAAAAAGUCAACACUCCGAAGUGUUUAAAAUAAAAGAAAAUAAAAAUAACAUACAAGAAAAAAAAACUGUGAUAAUUUCGAGAGAAGAAGAGAAGAAAAAAAGACGUACAACGUACGUAGCAGAUGCAAUUCAGUCACAUUCAACAAAACCGAUAUAUAUAUAUAUAUAUAUAUAUAUAAAUCAUGGCGUGUGAGGUGUAAAAUUGCAUUAGAGUUGAUAAAAGCCAGAACGAGAAAGCAAAAAAUAAAACGAAACGAGAGAAAAAAACGGCAACGUGAAUAAAAUGUGUGAAUUGUGUGCUAUCUGCUGACCACUUGCAGUGUCUCGCAACACACCGUUUCAAUGCUCUCAACAUUUCCACAAAAGUGGUGUGGCGCAGCAAUUCUGGAAUUUACAACCCAAAAGAUACAGGUGAAACACGAAAAUUGUGGAUAUCCGCUGAAUUUUAGUUAUAUUCGGAAUUUCGAAUAAACAAUUGUGUAGAUGAACAUGCAACACAAAAGAGAAUGAAAUCCAUAUGAAAACAAAAUAAAUAUAUAUGCAUGUUUAGAAACUUGUGUCAAAUACUCACGAAGAGAGAUAACACGGCAACGAGAAUCUUAUGAACAAUGUGCUAAAUACGACAUGUACUCACAUUUUUCUCUCACACAUAUAAUGGCCAUUCUUUCUGAAUGUGAUAGCGCCACGACAACCAGCAUCUGAAUAAAUGCUGAAGCAACCGAAUUAAACGAAGAAAAAAUAAUAAUAAUAGAAGAAACAUCAUAUUCACAACAAAAGAGAAAUUUAGCAACAACCUAAAUCUCUCUUAUCAAUUCCAAUUUUUUUUUGAAGAUAUACACACAAAAAAUUUACUACAAAAGAAACACCAAUUGAUGAACCAACGAACUUUUUGAAUUCAUAAAAUGAAUUAUCAGAAAUCGAACAACAAACCGGUGCCAUCAUCAGACAAUAAAAACCAAAAGGAUGCCAGCAAUGAACCCAUCAACCAACAACAGAAGCCAAAUGUGUCUGCGUCGGCUGUCACAUCGUCGCCGACGUCAUCGUCAACAACAAUUAUACAUCGGGCGAACAAAGUGUCAUCACUGGUUAAUAACCGUCGGCCACAGUCCAUGCUUUCAGCUCGUGCACUAAUGUUCGACGAACCAUCUUCGGUGUCAUCAUAUGACCGUGAUUUAUUGAAAUUAAGCACAUCACCCAAACAACAUCACCAGCAAAUAUCUCAGCCAUUAACGCCACCAUCGUUUCGCAAAGAUCAUUUUUUGGUGAACACAAGUGGCGGAGCAUCAAGUGGUAGCGGUGGUCUAUUUAAAUCAGCAUCAGCUGUAUCGGUUGGCCGUGAUUUUAGUGGUUCAGUUACACCGAUUCAACAUCAACGGAAAAUUUCCUAUCAAAAUUCACAUCUAUUUCGAUCGAGUGGCAGCAGUUCAUCACGAACGGAAAUUUCCAAUUUGAUUCGAGUUCGGAAUUCACAACUUGGUAAAUCAGCACCAUCUUUGUCACCAUCAUCGCGUGAAUCAUGCGCGGCACCAUCACAUUCCACUGCGGCAGUUGCAUCAAUGUUACUGUCAAACACCAAAAGAUCAAGCGGAUUCAGUGCAACCGGUUCGGCCGCUUUGCCAUCACGAAGUGCAGCUGUUGCCAUACAUCGAUUAUCGUUGGGUGGACAUCACAACUAUACAACAUCACCGCGAUCACAUUCGCCAAUUUCAGCGAGUCCGGUGGAUAGCCCGCGCAUCAAUUCGCCGGCAAGUAAUAUGCAAUUUCCAUUUUUGCCCAUCAAAAGGAUAUCGAGUUGCCGGGGUGAUGGUAGACGAUGGUCUGUUGCAUCUUUGCCAUCUUCCGGAUAUGGAACAACUCCAGGAAGCUCGAAUUUAUCGUCACAAUGCUCAAGUCAAGAGCGUUUGCAUCAAUUACCAAAUCAACCAACUAACGAUGAGCUCCGGAUUUUGUCACACCAUUUUUCUGGCGCCAGUCCAAUCGAUCAAAUUCAACAUCAGUCAAAACUGUUGAAACACCAAAAUCAAAUAUCACAGCAACACCAAAGUCAUCAACAGCCGCAUUCAAUAUCCGAUGUUGGUUCCGUAUCGUCGGGAAAUAAUGGUGGCGAAACGCCAACAUCAGUAAAAGAUUUUGAAAGUAGCGGCGGACGUCAUUCGCCGAUGCAUCGUCGGCCACGUUCACGUAGUUUGUCCAGUCCAAAUCGAUCUCCAUUGGUUGAUAACGAAAUCGCAAUGAUGAAUAUAUUGUAUAAAGAACGUUUUCCAAAAGCCACACUUCAAAUGGAAGAGCGUCUAACGCAUUUUAUAAACGAAAAUAAGUAUGUGGCCAGUGGAAAUUUUCGUGAUUCACAGCCAAUUGUACGUUUUGUACAUCAUCAAGUACUCGAAAUGGCACGAGAUUGUUUACAUAAAUCACAUGCAAAACUAAUAACCAGUCGAUAUUUCUAUGAGAUGUCCGAAAAUUUGGAACGUUUAUUGGCUGAAACAAAAGAAAAAUCACCCGAAGCAGCUGCCGAACUAACCGGUGUAAUUAAAAAAUUGCUUUUAAUCAUUUCGAGACCGGCUCGAUUGCUUGAAUGCUUGGAAUUUGAUCCCGAAGAAUUUUAUCAUUUGCUUGAAGUGGCCGAAGGUCAAGCACGAUACGCAUUACAGGGAAUUAAAGCUGAUAUACCACAGUAUAUCAUACAGAAACUAGGUUUAAAUCGCGAUCCAAUCGCUGAAUUACAACAGGAGCUGCGAGAAUGUUCAAUUGGUUCGAAUAGUUCAAAUCUUGAACAGUCUAGCACGAAUGUGAAUAGGGAAUAUAGUAUUGACGAUGCGUCACGUGAUGCUGAUAAAUCAAAUGCAACCACUGAUACAAAAUCCGAUUCAACAUUCAUCCGAUGGAAUGAUACAACUGUAACAGCCGCUGGUAAUAUUAGUGGAAUUUCAGAUGAUGGCAAUACGUCACCGAACGGAAUUGAAAAAUCGAACAAUUUCUUCACAUCAUCGACACCAAAAAAGCAAAUCAAUGCCGGACAAAACACAACCAAUAUGGAUGUUACACCGAAAACUCAACAAACCAACCAAACAUCAACACCAUCAUCAGCGGCAACGACGACGUCGGCGGCGGCAGCAGCAGCAGCAGCAUCGGCUAUUGCUGCAACAACGACGCCAGCAAUAAUGCCAAACGAAACUGAUUUUGAGGAGUUAAAACUUAUCUCGAAUGGUGCAUACGGUGCGGUAUUUUUGGUGAAACACAAACAAACACGUCAACGAUUCGCAAUGAAGAAAAUCAGUAAAAAUAAUCUAAUUUUGCGUAAUCAAGUCGAACAAGUAUUUGCUGAACGUGAUAUUUUAAGUUUUGCUGAUAAUCCAUUUGUGGUUAGUAUGUGCUGUAGUUUUGAGACGAAAAAACAUUUAUGCUUGGUUAUGGAAUAUGUUGAGGGUGGUGAUUGUGCCACAUUAUUAAAAAAUAUUGGCCCAUUACCGCCAGAUAUGGCGCGUUUUUAUUUCGCCGAAACUGUGUUAGCUGUUGAAUAUUUGCAUAGCUAUGGUAUUGUUCAUCGUGAUUUAAAACCCGAUAAUUUAUUAAUUACGGCCUUGGGACACAUAAAACUAACCGAUUUCGGUUUGUCGAAAAUGGGUUUGAUGUCAUUGGCCACAACGCUAUAUGAAGGAUAUAUUGAUCGUGAAACGCGUCAAUUUUCCGAUAAACAAGUUUUUGGAACGCCCGAAUACAUUGCACCCGAAGUGAUUUUGCGACAAGGAUACGGUAAACCGGUCGAUUGGUGGUCAAUGGGCAUUAUUUUAUACGAAUUUCUGAUUGGAUGUGUGCCAUUUUUUGGCGAAACACCUGAAGAACUGUUUGCGCAUACGGUCAAUGAUGACAUUGAAUGGCCAAGCGAAGAGGAUUGGGAAGUGGCCGAAGAUGCAAAAGAUCUCAUCACAAGCCUUUUGCAACAAAAUCCACGCGAACGACUUGGUACUGGUGGCGCACACGAAGUCAAAGAGCAUUGCUAUUUCAAUGCCAUCGAUUGGAAUUCAUUGCUACGACAAAAAGCUGAAUUUGUGCCACAACUUGCAAGCGAAGAUGAUACAAGCUAUUUUGACACACGAAUGGAUCGAUAUAAUCAUGAUAUGGGCGGUGAAGAUACCGAUGAUACCGAUGACUUCCCUUUAAUCGGCUCAUUUGGAUCGUACUCGCCGCAAUAUCGCAAGCACAAUUCCAGUUUGGUACAAAUCAAUUUGCCACAACAAUCGCUUGACGAAUCAAUAAAUACAAGUAGCGGAAGUGGAACGGCAUCGCCAAUUUCAACAAAUUUAAGCCAAAAUGCAAAUGCAAAUCAAACCAUUGCCAAUUCAACAAUUGGAAAGGUUAUAUCAACGCCACAACUCCGUAAAUUGGAUGUAUGUCGAACGACUGCAAUGAAAUUGCCAUCGACGCCAGACACCGAUUAUAUUCCAUCAUUUGAAAGUGAAAGUGGAACUAUUCAUCAAUAUUUCAAACAGCAACAAUCAACAUCACAGCAUCGUCCACCACUGCAGCAUCCGUCUGUGAUAGCAGCAGUGGCGGCCGAUAUUCCAAAGGAUCGCAAGCUCGAUUCGCCAAAUAAGACAAAUCCAAACAAUAAAUUGAAAGCGGUUGCAAAGACAAGCAAAGUAGAUGCAUUGAAUGUUAGCACCCCGGAUUCGUCGCAAACAGAUAGCGAUGAUGUAUCACCGCAAAUUCAACGCAAACGAAAGAAUACUCAUCAACGUGAUAUGUUGCCACGUUUUUCCAUUUCCAUUGAGGAUGAAUUCAGUGGACAAGAUACCGAAUCAUCACCAUCAAAUACACCACAAGUACCAGGCCUACCAACUGGUGCCAAACAUCGGUCUCGAUCAGUGAUUAAAAGUGCAUCAGCACUUGGUCUAUCUCUGCUCGUGUCAUCGGCAACCGACGAUGCAUCAGGUGGAGUUGGCAAGAUUGCAUCGAAUACAUUGGAAACGGGUGAUUCGGAGAAAUCAAUUGAACAACAUAUUAUGCAAUCGCCAUCCGGCGGUAAUAUGCCGAUUUACAGUACAAUUGCUGGUGCUGGUGGUUCAAGUACGGCAUCAUCGCGUGACACAUCGCCAUGCCGUGAAUUGUCGCCAUUGGUUACGAAUCUAAAACCGCCAAUAAUAAUCAGACGUGAACCAAGAGGCAUUGGUUUCACCGUUCAUACAAUUCGUGUGUACUAUGGUGAUACAGAUUUUUAUACAAUGCAUCAUUUGGUAUCGGCGGUCGAUGAACGAAGUCCAGCAUUUGAAGCCGGAUUACGUAAAGCUGAUUUGAUAACACACAUCAAUGGUGAACCAGUACAAGGUCUAUUUCAUACUCAAGUAUUACAAUUACUUUUGACCAAUGGCAACAAUGAACAUGUCACAUUACGGACAACACCACUUGAAUACACAAGUAUUCAACCUGGUGGUCGAAAGCGUGAUAUUCAUCAAAGUAAAUUGGCUAAAAAAAGUGUCAGUCGACAAAAGAAACAACGCAAAGAUACGGAGAAAAAACGAAAAACAUCAUUAUUUCGACGGAUUAGCACGAAACGUGCAUCGGCCGAAAUGCAACAUUUAAACUCACUACCAUCGCCGGGAAGUGUUACGCCGAGCAGAAGCUGCCAAUCAUUUUCACAAAAUGUUUCCGGUCCACGUGAAGAGAACACCACCACAACAAAAACAUCCUCUUCGCAAUCAUCAUCACCAUCAAGCUCGGCACCAAAUACACCAACUGCUAACGCUGCUCAUGGUUUUCUGGGCGGAUCAUCACAUUUAUACCAUCAUCAGUACCAUCAUCCAUCUCGGCCCUCAACACUGCACGGACUCAAACACAAAUUGCAUGGCUAUUCACCUAGUGCUGCUAGCGGUGUUACGACCGGAAAUGUUGCAAAUAAUUCAACAAAUCGUCGAAAAUCGGUUGGUCACAUUCCAUUGUCGCCAUUGGCACGUACACCUUCACCGUCACCAUUGCCCGCAUCACCAACCAGAUCACCGUCACCUCUUGCAUUUCCAGUCAUUGUUCAUCAACCGGGUAAGUGGCCAAGUGCAUCAAAUACAACACAAUCGUAUAGCCCCGGUUGUGCCUUACCGAACAAUACAAGUUUGAAUAGUUCCUUAACUAGCAGCGGAUCAAAUACGCCAAAUUCAACAUCAACAAAUAUAACAUCGAAUACAAGUAGCAUUACAACUAUAUCUGGUGGUAAAAAAUCGUCGUUUGUUCGGCCAAAAAGUGCCGAACCAAGUUCACCAUUAUUGCGACGAGCUCUAUCGCCGGAUCGACUUCAUCCACGUAGUGCGGCUGAUGCAAAAUGUUCAAUAUCACCGUUAUGUUGUACAAGCAAUGCUAUGCCAAGCGUUACCUCAUUGAAUAUGCAUGCAGCCAAUGCGGUAAUUGGAUUGAAAAAACAACGCAAUCAAAAAAGUUCGGGAAAUAUUUGGCGUCAAAAUAUCACCACAAAACAAUGCGGGGAAUUACACAGCACUCUGUCAGAUGGAAUAAAUUCAAAGCAUGAUCAACAAAUGAACGAUAGCAUUCAAUCGAAUGACUCGCUUUCAAUUCGUGAUGCAAGCGAUACCGAUUCUUUGAAAUUGCAAACAUCACAAUCAACCGGACAAUCAUCAUUGUCUUUGACGCUAUCAUUGCCCAAUCAAUCUGAGCUACUGCCGAUUGCCGAAGAAAAAGACUCACCGGGAACAUCAAAAGCUGAAACCGAACUGGAAAAUACGUCAGAAAAGAAAAUCGAUAAAAAAUAAAAUGUGAAUUGAUUCACAAAUGUUUGACGAUUUGAACGAAAUGGCAUAAAUUUGCCAAUGAUUCUAGUCGAAAAGGGGAAAUACUUGCAUUUUCCUUUUACAAAUGCAUCUAAUGAAAAGAACAAACAAACAAAUUAAAAAAAAAACACUAUACCCUUAUUUAAUCGUAUACCGUACAUUGUACAUUGAUCAAUUAUGUAGAAUUCAAAAAAAAAGCACGAGAUAUUCUGAAAAGCAUCGUGUGAGAAAAAAAAAUAUUUAAGCGACGCAUGCAAGUGAAAAAAUUCAUAUUUAUUGUAGAGUAUUGAAAAUCGAGUUUAAAUAUUAAACUUCAAAAUCCCAAUUUGCUGUAACCACGAAGUCAAAACAAAGUAUUGCACAUUCAAAUAAAUAAACCAUUUAAAACAA